AUGAAAAUACCCAGGCGCGCAGUGGAUUUCAAUACUGCCCUUCCAGAGAUAGUGGGGAAGCGCGUCUCUGCCGGGUACAAGGUGUUCCUUAUGGAUGGGUAUUCCCCGCUGUCAUUUGUUGCAAAUGACUUUGCGGAUAGCCUUCAUCCAAACGAUCAGGGAUACGGAAAACUGGCUACCGCCUGGUAUAACGCGAUAGCUUUCGCGGACAACCAACUCGGAUGGAUUUCGAAACCCGUAGCUGGCGGCGGGACCCGACCACACCUAAUUCCUUGUGACAAAAACCCAAUCUGGAUUCCGAAUGGAGAGAUCGCGAACGGUGCAGGCCUUGGACAAGACUUGUAUCCUUAUCUGACCUGUGGAGAAAAACGGGGCGAUGAAGGCACAUGCGUCUGCGGCAGUCGUAUUGAUGGCCCUACCGGUUCUGACGACAUGGAUGUGCCUAAAGAAGGAUCCAAUUGCCAUGAUAUGAGUUAUGACCCUACCCAUGCUGUCCAUUUUGCGGACCUAGAUGGUGAUGGACGUGCUGAGUUUCUCUGGGUGGGCUCAAAAGGUGAAGUUACCGCCUUCUACAACCAAGGCCUUCCGGGGGGCCAGCAGUCGACAAAUGGCGCGCAAGUAGGCUGGUGGCCGGCAGGAGUUAUUGCAAGCGGGGUGGGUGCAACCCCUUAUCAGGUUCACUUCGCUGAUCUUAACGGUGACGGGCGCGCUGAAUAUAUUCAUGUGCAUCGAAACGGUUCCGCCUCCGUCUGGCUCAACCAAGGUCCCAAACCCGGCUCUGAUCCCCGAGGUGCGCAGGUAGCAUGGCUACCACAGAAACAGACUGCGAUGGGUGUAGGAGGGGAGCGACACCAAAUUAUGUUCGCCGACAUCAACGGUGACGGCAAGGCGGACCAUCUCUUCUUCCCAAACUACCCUCCGCUUGGGUCCGGCGACGGGGGCCGAGGGAAUGUGCAAAUGUGGCGCAAUGGCGGCGGGCCGGACGACGGGCCGCACGCGGCAGAGCCUGUAUGGUAUCCUGAGGGCGAGAUUGCGACGGGAGAUGGCACGCCGCCGUACCAGGUGAUGUUCGCAGAUCUGAACGGCGACGGAAGGGCAGAAUAUAUUGAGGUGAAUAGGGAUACGAGCGCAGUCAAGGCAUAUCUCAACGCCUGUCCAAAGUAG